AUGAAAACCAUGAUAGUUGACGCCCUCAUUCUCGGUGCAGGCCCGGCCGGCCUCGCAGCAGCCAGCGCUCUGGGCCGUGCUCGCCGACAUGUCCUGAUCAUCGCCGAUUCCGAGUAUCGCAACCGUGCGAGCCAUGCAAUGCAUGGGGUUCUGGCUUGCGAAGGGAUGAAUCCGAUCGACUUCCUCACUCGGAGUCAGCAACAGCUCACAGCUCUAUAUCCAAGCAUUCGCCUAGAGUCUGAUACUGUCCAGCGCGCCGCCCGAAUUGGUACCCCAGAGAGCCCAGCAUUCGAGAUUGAGACAGCUACGGGCGCAGUUUACCAAGGCCGGCGCCUUAUUCUCGCGACCGGUGCCAUCGACGAGCUCCCGACCGAGAUCGCCGGGUUUGCGACCUGCUGGCCUGACCAUUUACCACCCCUAUCGACGUACCAUGUGCAUCUCGCCCUACGGGCCCGAUGCUUUAAUGACCGCGUGAUCGUCUACACCGACGGUCUCCUCUACACCGAAGUGCAGCGGUGCGAGGCUGAGAAGCUAUUUGCACCCGCCUUGGCCCAAGGUGUCACUCUACAACAUACGCCUAUUAGCCGUCUAGAGCCGCUACCCGUCGAGAAAGGUCCUGGGGUUCACGUGUAUCUAGAGGGUGGCAAAUCGGAGCGUGUUGACUUCUUAGUGUAUAAGACGCUAACUAGACCCGCUAGCGCCCAUUUAGCGACGCAGCUAGGGCUCCAAAUCAGUGAAAUUCCUGGCCAGGGCUCGGUUAUUGCGUGUAAAGAGCCCACUGGGGCGACUAGCGUGCCGGGGUUAUUUGUCUGUGGUGAUGCCGGUAGUCCGAUCAAGGGAGUGGCUCCGGCGAUGGCGCAGGGACUCUGUGUUGCAGACGUGGUUUGGGGGGGUCUGUUGGAAGAGGAUAAAUCUUAG